AUGAACGACCUCAUGAGUGCAGGCAUGCACCGUGUCUGGAAAGACAGGUUGGUAGAGAAGCUGCGGCCCUUCCCCGGCAUGCGCCACCUAGACGUGGCUGGCGGCACCGGCGACGUGGCCUUCCGUGUCCUGCGGGCUCUGAGGGAGGCGGAGGCCGCGGCCCGGCCUCAGGUUCCCGGGCCCGGCCCAAGCAGGAGCGCGCCGCCCCAAAAAGGCACGGUGGUGAUCGCCGACAUCAACCCUGCCAUGCUGCUGGAGGGCCGGAAACGAGCUGCCGGCGAGGGCAUCGACUCGUACGAUCUGGAGUGGGUGGAGGCCAGCGCCGAAACGCUGCCCUUCCCGGACGACAGCAUGGACUCCUACACCAUCUCGUUCGGCAUCCGCAACGUGACGGAUCGGGACGCUGCUCUGCGGGAAGCCAAGAGAGUUCUCAGGCCUGGCGGCCGCUUCUUGUGCCUCGAAUUCAGCAAGGUAGUGGUCCCCGGGCUGCAGCAGCUGUACGACCUCUACUCCUUUGCCGUCAUCCCCCAGAUCGGGAGACUGGUGGCAAACGACGGCGCCAGCUACCAGUACCUGGUGGAAUCCAUCCGCAUGUUCCCCGACCAGGAGAGCUGGGCGCGGCAGCUGGAGGCCGCGGGGCUGGUGGGCGUGGAGUACGAAAACCUGAUGGGGGGCGUGGUGGCCAUCCACUCCGGCUUCAAGCUGCACUGA